AUGCCUCUGGAACAGCAAGAACUGUUGCGGCAAAUAUGUCCGCUUGAGGUGAUGGAUUUUUGAACUGAAUACUGGACCUCUAGGAAGAACAGUCUAGAACCGAUAGAGCUAUCGACCAGUAUAAAUAAAGUUUGUUUGGUUUAGGUUUCCUCCUGUAGUAACACUGGGAUCAAUACGAGAUUAUCCUUACUGCACCUCCAGGAAGAACAGUUCAGAACUACAGAGCUAGUAUUUUCAGUAUAAAUAAAGUUAGUUUAUCAUUAGCAUGACAAAAUCACUGGAUGCUGAUUGGUUGAAAGGAAUACAAUUAUUUCAUUAAUUGCACUGCAGUACAAUGAAUAAUUUUCCCAAAACAAACAAAAUGACGGAAAGGCAUUUAAACACAAAUGAAAUUGCCCUAAAGGAACUUAAAGCAAAAGAAUUACUUAGUAAAUGAAAAUACGAAAAAAGUACCACAUUUUGGUUGAAAGUCUGGCAGGACUGCAUGGGCUUUGGCGAGAGAAUAUGAUGUUCACAUUGAGAAUUAUCCAAUUUUGUCAUGCUUACUUCAUUUACUUGAUACGGCGGCUCGUCCAAUUUUGGCAAAAUUUCCAAACAUCACUCGUACUAUUAAUCCCUAUAAUUGAACUCGCAAUUGCAUGAUUACCUAUACUUAGUCUAGUUUUCCUCCUGUUUAGUAACACUGGAUCAAUAAGAGAUGAUCCUUACUCGAACUCUGGGUGAGAACAGUUUAUAACUGAUAGAGCUAUCCAGUAUAUAAAAUAAAGUUAGCUAUCAAUAAGAGAUGCCUUACUGGAUAUUCAGCAAGCACAGUUCAAAACUGAUAGAACUAUCCAGUAUAAACGAACUUAGUUUAGUUCAGGUUUCCUCCUGUAAUAACACUGGAUCAACAAAGAACAGUUUAAAACGCUCUGUAAAUAAUUAAUGGCAUAAAAACUCCAAGAGAAAAGAAGAUAGAUUAAAUGCACUGAGAAAAACCUCGGUAUUUUGUCUUCAAGACAUAUCAUUUAUUUUCUCCAUCAUAAGUAUAAACUCUGAUCAUCGUAACCAUAUGGCUCAGGAAUAAAAUACAUUUAUACUAGAGUCAUUUUAAAGGCCGACCGUCCACGUGCACGGCAUUACACGAACUAAGAACCUUGCUAGUCAGGUUGUCUUGGUAGUCCGUCUUGUGUUUACACUGAAACUGAUAAUCCUUCAUUAUUUCUACUUUAAUUAAGGCCACAGAUACACGAUACCGAAUUACUCGUCACAUCGAAUUGCCUAACCAAUUAGAUACAACUAAUUACGUUUUGGUAACCGCGAUUGAAUGAUUAGAUCACAAUUCAACAACAAAAUACUCGUGAGUUUCUUGCAUGGGCUUGAAGGCUACGACGAGUUUUUAUGGAAUAUUUUAUUUGAAGUCUUACCGCUUGUAUUCUGCAAGCUCACUCACACUCACAGAGUGGAGGUUCAAUCUGAGCUUCCCUUGAGAGUCAGUGCUGCUUUUGAAUAGCUGGAGGGUUAGUGUCGUAUCUUACUAUGUGACUAUACUCACACUCCAGCUAUUCAAAAACAGCAUUGACACUCAAGGGAAGCGCAGAUUGAACCUCUGUAAGUGAGCUUUUAGAAUACAUGCAGGCGUUAGCACAGAAUUAGGAUUUUGGGCAUCUCACUGGAUAUAACUAAUUGUUGAAGCGAGUGGAAAUUUUAUCAGACCUAACCUAAAUGUAUAAAUUCCACUCGAAAUUUCAUUACAAAACCCUUCAACAAUUAGUUCUAUCGAGUGUGGUGCCUAAAAUCCUAAUAUUUCCCCAUACACCGUACAUUGGCAUCAUCUUAGUAUUUAUAAAUGAACUUGUGGUUAGAGCUCGACAACUGUCUCUCUGUAGCUCAGUUGGUUAGAGCUCGACAAUUGUCUCUCUGUAGCUCAGUUGGUUAGAGCUCGACAACUGUCUAUCCGUAGCUCAGUUGGUUAGAGCUCGACAACUGUCUCUCUGUAGCUCAGUUGGUUAGAGCUCGACAACAGUUGUAGCUCAGUUGGUUAGAGCUCGACAACUGUCUCUCUAUAGCUCUGUUGGUUAGAGCUCGACAACUGUCUCUCUGUAGCUCAGUUGGUUAGAGCUCGACAACUGUCUCUCUGUAGCUCUGUUGGUUAGAGCUGGACAACUGUCUCUCUGUAGCUCUGUUGGUUAGAGCUCGACAACUGUCUCUCUGUAGCUCAGUUGGUUAGAGCUCGACAACUGUCUCUCUGUAGCUCAGUUGGUUAGAGCUCGACAACUGUCUCUCUGUAGUUCAGCUGGUUAGAGCUCGACAACUGUCUCUCUGUAGCUCACUCAGUUGGUUAGAGCUCGACAACUGUCUCUCUGUAGCUCAGUUGGUUAGAGCUCGACAACUGUCUCUCUGUAGCUCAGUUGGUUAGAGCUUGACAACUGUCUCUCUGUAGCUCAGUUUGUUAGAGCUCGACAACUGUCUCUCUGUAGCUCAGUUGGUUAGAGCUCGACAACUGCCCUCUGUAGCUCAGUUGAUUAGAGCUCGACAACUGUCUCUCUGUAGCUCAGUUGGUUAGAGCUCGACAACUGUCUCUCUCUAGCUCAGUUGGUUAGAGCUCGACAACUGUCUCUCUGUAGCUCAGUUGGUUAGAGCUCGACAACUGUCUCUCUGUAGCUCAGUUGGUUAGAGCUCGACAACUGUCUCUCUGUAGCUCAGUUGGUUAGAGCUCGACAACUGUCUCUCUGUAGCUCAGUUGGUUAGAGCUCGACAACUGUCUCUCUGUAGCUCAGUUGGUUAGAGCUCGACAACUGUCUCUCUGUAGCUCAGUUGGUUAGAGCUCAACAACUGUCUCUCUGUAGCUCAGUUGGUUAGAGCUCGACAACUGUCUCUCUGUACAUUGCUCAGGGUCUAGUAAAUGUAUAAAAAUUCCAUUUGAAAUCUUCAUCUUGUAAGCAUAGCCUAAUAAUGCAUUCUGCCACAGCCGAGAAGUCCUCAACUAGCUCCGCACGUGGAAGAGAAAGAUGACGAACUUGUGUUGCAAGAUUGCCUUGAACCUUUCAAAAGUAAAGAUUACAUCAUGGAGCCAGAAAUAUUUACCAGUAUUAAAAGGUUAGCAAGUUCUAUACUGAGGUCCCUAUACACAGGUAAAAAUCUCACAACUUGUCAACAAGAUGUGUUUGCAGCAGGCUUGUAACAAGCUUGUCAACAAGCUUGUCAACAAGUUGUAACAAUGUUGUCAUUUUAUCGAGUUGCUACAAGGUUGUCACUCACAACUUGUUGAAUUGCAGGACGAUAACAAGUUGUUGGAACAACUUGUAACAAGUCUGUUGUUGAGCUCAACAACCUUGUAGUAAGUUGUCAACAUGCCGUUUACAACUUGUCAACAAGCUGGGAACAAGCAGUGCGAACACAUCCUGUUGACAAGUUGUUGGAACAACUUGUAACAUGUGUUUUAUGAGUGCACUACAGGCUAUGCAGUUGCUAUGUGUCGGGUCUCACUGAAAAGUUUAAAUUUCUCUUUUUAAACUUUAUUUACCACUAAUCAGUUUUAAUAUGUAUUUUAAUCUGCCAGGUUUUUUCAAGCUGGUGGAGAAACGGAGUCUCUUGUUGAUCUUCUUGCUGAUAAUUACAUUGGAACAGCUCAAUCUGCCAACUUAUUGGCAAACUGGCUCAUAGUCACAGGUGAAAAUAAUUAAUAACUGCAGGUUUACCACCAUCUGCUGAUAGUGCUUAGUGAUACAUGCCUGUAUAUAACUAGAAGAAACAUGAUUUAAUAUUUUCCAUGAAAAUGCAGGAGCUGAUGUUCAUGAUGUUGAACAGAUAGUCGAAGACCAUCUCAAAACAUUGAUCGUUCAAAACUUUGAUGUCAAGAAAGCAGACUCCAUUUUCACUGAGGAGGGAGGGGUGAGCGUUUCGAACACUUAAUAUUAAAAGUAACUUCAUUUAAACAAAAAGCAUAAAUCAAUAAUUUGUGACUUUGUGUUUUUCAGACUCCGUCAUGGUUAGAACAAAUGAUCCAACACCAGACGUGGCGAUCGAUGAUUUAUAAGUUAGCCGAGCAGUAUCCAGAUUGCUUGAUGCUAAAUUUUACCAUUAAGGUUAAUAACAAUUAGUACAAUAUAUACUUUAGUAAAAACAGAAACAAUUCAUCUGGGGCGGUUAUACGGGUGGGGUAUAGGGGUAUGCACAUCCCAACCCCCUAGUGGUGUCCAAGAUACCCUUGAAGACAACUCUGGUAUUCCAUAUUUGAGUUGUGAAUACUACUUACAGUAUUAUAUAUUUGAAACAAUUGAUUUUCGAAUACGCGAGAAAAUAUUCAAGCACCAAUAUGGUGGGUCACCAUAUAACAUAGCACUUUUCUUAAUUUUUUCCCGAAUUCCAGUACUGUGAGGACAAAUUUAACAAAUAAAUGUAGUGCUCAGAAUGCAGGAAAUUGCGUUUCAGGGCUUCGAAUUUCCUCAGGGAGAAUGCCUCUGGACCCCAUAGUAAUGCACCCCCUCUGUUAAACCACCACCCCCUCUAACAAAUCAGAUCCGUCCCUGCAAAUCAUCCUUCCAAACCAACUCUUAUUACUUUGAAUGUUUAGUUGAUCUCAGAUGUGGGUUAUCAAGAUGAAAUAGCUCGAGUGACUUCAGCUUGUCACCAGAUUGAAGUAUUCUCGCGAGUUUUAAAGACUUCCAUCCAUUCCUUUCUCGAUGACGGCGAUGAAUUCAUGCAGAAACGCUUGGAAGAAUUUACAGUAUGCUGUCAUUUCAAUAUACAGUAAAAAAACACACAUAAUACCAGUGGACCAAGAACCACCAGUCUGAAAUUUAGAAGGUUACCACCUAAGAGACAAAUAGGAUGCUUUAAAAGGAAAUGGCAAUAUACAUUUUUAUUUUCUCAUUUGAAAGAACUUUGAAACUAUAUAUUAACUUAUUUUACCGAUUUUCAUAUCUUGCUUAGUUCUUGGAAUAUUUUCAUUUGAAAUAAUGAGAUGUCUGGCUCUUGGAUAAAUUUAUGAUCUCAUGAACGGUAGUUUUGGUGACUUCACAACAGGGAUUAACCAUAUAAAAGUAUUCGUUGCUGCCCAAAUAUUGAUUGGUAGAUGUUUUAAAGGUUUUGAGUGAUCUUGAUAUUUCGAAGGGCAGAGACAGAGUAUAGUUUUGAGUGCAAAAUGAUGCGUUUGUCUAGAUAAAAAUAUUGUGAGACCCCUGUUGUGACGUGAGAUGCAUAUCUACAAAAAUUGAAGAUGUCGGACAUUUCAUUCCUUUCGAUCAAAAUAUUUGUAGAAGUAAGCAAGAUAUGAAAAAACGGUAAAAGAGUAUUAUAUAUAGUCUUAAAAGUUCUUUCAAAUGAGAAAAUAAGAACUGUAUUGCCAUUUCCUUUCAACUGAAUUGGAGAGCAAGUUCUAACGGCAGUAAUAUAGCAAUUUAAAUAAAUUUGUACAAUACAGUGCAUUUGAGGUAGCUCUGACCACUAUAAAAUCAGUGACAGCUAACGUUUACUUGUAUGUGUUUAGAAAAUGGUCUCUCAUGGUCAUCAUACAUUUCUCUACACACAAUGCCUGCUUCAUUUAUUGUCCCAGAACACGGAGGGCGGAACAGGACCGCGGAGACUCGGGCAAGAAAUAUGUCUUGGCGCGCAGAAAGUGUAAGCCUCGAAUUUGGUAUUACUGUAUUUUAAACGCUGCUAAAGCCCAAUUUACACUAGACAAGUUUUGCCUAAAACUGUCGCAUGGAACGAGGUUACAACUUGAGUUGUACUGUGUCAAUCAAGCACACAACUCACCUACGACAACAUAAGCGAGUUGUGUACUUGAUUUACACAGUACAACUCAAGUUGUAAGCAGGUUGCAUGCGACAGUUUUAGGCAAAAGUUGUGUAGUGUCUACAAAUCAGCCUUUACUGUAUUUUUGUUGCAGGGGUCAUGAUGUCGUUCAAAUCUUGCUAGCACUCAAUGGUUCGUCAAAAUAUCCUCGAGCUAGCUCCGCCCUUUCAUCAAUACUCACUCGUAAUGCUUUAAACCCCGGAGAUAUUACAGUGUUGUAUAAACUAUAUUCUAGUCAAGAUCCACCGCCUGUUGAGCUCAUACGAUUGUCACAGUUCAUGGGUAAGUAACGGUUAAUACAAACACAUGUAAAUCAGGUGCGAAUCUAGCCUCAUCUGCAAGGAAGGGUGCAGGUUUUCCAUGGGGUGGUGCAUGAGGGAGCCUUACUGCCCACUCUCCUCUGCAGUCUGCAACGCUACUAUCCCAACAGUACAAUUAUUUGAGAUGGCCGAAUCUGCAUGUUUGCCGUUCUGUUACGUUUUACAUUAUCUCUUGUUUGUAAAGUUUAUAUCUGCUUUUUAUCACGUAUGCGUGACUGGACAGUUGCUGUAGCACACAGUACAGUAAAUUAAAGUGGAAUAUAUUUGAAAAUAUGGCUGUAUAACAACGUCGACAUGGAACUUCGUGAUCGAGUUAUAAAGUUAUUCAAUUUAAAAUGCUGCAGUCUUUCUUACUUAUGGCCUUAAAUAUUGAGUUUAUAAGAUGCUACCUAACUUAAAUGGUUCAUUGUUAAACACAUACUAAAUUAUCUCGAGGCUUCAUUAUGUAUGGAGAUAUAAAGUUACGAAAAGUUAAGCUACACACGUCGUAAAACGCACAAGUUGUAACAAACCUGCAGCAGACUUGUAGCAAUGUUGUCCCAACAACUUGUCAACAGGAUGUGUUCGCACUGCUUGUUGACAAGUUGUCAACGGCUUGUUGACACCUUGCUACAAGGUCGUUGAGCUCAACAGACGUGUUCCAACAACUUGUUAUCGUCCUGCAAUUCAACAAUUUGUCAACAAGUUGCGAGUGACAACCUUGUAGCAACUUGAUAAAAUAACAGCAUUGUUACGACUUGUUGACUUGCUACAAGCCUGAUGUUGACAAGUUGUGAGAUUUUUACGUGUGUUACUUAACCUACAUAAUCUAAAAUGACUAAAACACGGUUAUUUAAAAGCAACACAGUUAUUCCUCGUCAGAUGAGUUGCUCAGUAACAAACUUUUAGCUCCACGUUCGCGAACCUUGGUCCUACGUGUAUAACCUUGCUUGUGGUUGUUAUACAUUGUUGAAAAACACCCAACACAACAGAACAACGUCAGCAACGCAGUCACAACAACGAGAAUCCAGAAUAACACUUUCACAUCCAUUUCCAUUCGUGCCAAGCCUGUGAUUGGCUGAGAUGAGACCCCGGUAGUGUUGACGCCAGGGGUUGUGACGUCAGUAGUCAUGACGUCAGGGGUCAUGACGCCAGCAUGUAUGACGUCACCAGUGACGUCAGCAGCAAAUGACGUCACAUCAUUGAACAUGGACUUGACAACAUGAUAUGAACCAUUAUUAGGUCUAGGGUUUAUUCCCAAUAGGUGGCACAUUAAUCCAUAUAUAUCAACAUUUUUGAUUGCUUCAAAUUUCAAACCUGGUUUGAAAGAUGGGCCAUAUCCUAUAAACACCCCUCGCAUCACCUCGUACCCCGGAUGGUACCCUGUGCCACCCCUGUUGUAUCCUGCUGAUCCCCGAUGAACCCGUUUACUGGACUGCAGGACAACGCCCAGGGGUGCAAAAGCAAUAAUAGGCGGGAUUCUGGGAUUAUUUGAAAAAUGAGAUUGUUCUGGUAGUUCGUCCUUUAGGUAAACUUUAACAUGUUUGCAUUUUGUUAGAUUUUGAUAAAGUUCUUGGACUGUGUAACCGCGCUUGGGGUAGAACAAUAGGGUAGCCUGAGGCUGGGUUAAGACAUAGAACUUCGGAUCAAGACAUCGGUCCAGGUUAAUGUGACGAUUAUUUAGAUCAGCGACCCCACUAUCUGACAUGAGCAAUAUAUUAACAUUAAGAUCGCGUGUUUUUUCCAGAACGUAUUUCAUGAUUAAAUCAAACUUUUUAACUUCAUUGAUUGCUUCUUGGGAAUAAGGUCCCCAUCUUAGAGCAGCUUUCUUGAUAUCAUCUGAGUAGAGCAAUACGAACUCGACAUCGUCAUGUAGCCACUGUAGCGCUUGCUUAAUGUCAGCUUUGAGGGAUUUCCUUUGACCACAAUGAAGAGUGGAAACCAUUGGACCGUAAACACCAGGCCAAUGGCAUACUGCACUCGACCCUCGGAUCUCAAUUUCUUGCCAAAUUGGAUGGACAUUAACCCACCACUCGGGGUCCGCACGUGUUUUGCUAUUAAAAAUACGGUUUAACUUCGGGUCAAACAUUGUAUGUGAUAUAAUACCAUGACUUUCUGGAUACAAUCCUGUCGCUAUGCUAUAAUGGUUGACUAUGUCCAAAACAUUCACCGAGUUCUGAACGUAUUUUGCUUUUGUACCAUUCGCUAUCAUUUGGUUGAUAUGAGUAAGGUUAAUACGAGUGAAGUAGUCGCCACGAAGCCCAGCAAUUGAGAGCAAUAGGACUUUCGGUUUGGAUGAUUUCGUCGUAGAACUUCGACCAGUUUGGUUCACACUGGGUUUCAUGGUCCUUGCUUCGCUGGAAUGUCGCGAUAAAACCAGAGAUACCACCGUAGCAAUGGCAAUAUACCAUAAAAUAUACAUCAUUAUUUAACAGACAACACCUUUAGCAUUAAAACUCUUAUAAAUCUUUUAAUACUGUCGUGAAAUGACCGCGUAUAGACUAUAGUUCUGUAGAAAUGUUUUAUCACUCACCCACCCAUGAAUGCGUUUCGUUGCUUUCAAAAUUCAACAGUCUUUGCACGCGAAGCCGAAGAAGCUUUUACAACUUUUGCUUGAGGAACUGUCUGAGUUUAUUUAGCAUCAAGCACGAGACCUUUCAGGAAAUAUCAGAUAAUUUACAGCUCUGUCAAGCGGCAGAGCUAUCGCCCUCUAGAAACCACCAGUAUUCAACGCGUUUGUAACUUUUUGAAACCACACAAUUUUAAAUUUGCAUAAAACUUUUCGCUCUAGCGAUUCUUUACAACAAGAUUUGCAUUCAUGCGAUUGUAAAUUGAAUGUUGUCUUGGUUGACCUAACAGACUGUAACAUGAUACACUAUAAUAGAUGACACACAUGAUGCACAAAUAUUUAACCAAAAAUAUAGGGUAGUUCUUAAAAAAACAGCCAUAGCCCAUUAGCCCAUAGGCCAUAACUUUUGUACUUUACUCAGUUCAAAGGCAGUUUAAUACAAGCUGCUACAGACUUAAUUUAAUACUAGUUUAUAUACUAAAUAUAAUGUCUUGUUUUAAUACUCAACGGGGUAUAUUUCAUCAAAUUCAGAGGCUUUGAAAGAUCAAUUAUCAGUGUAAACUCUGGUAUAUUGGUUAGGAUUCAAUUUAAAACACUCAAGCGAUAACAUUUAUUUUUGAAAAAUGAAAGCUAUGUUGUGCUUGGAGUUUCAAUAUUUGCACAGUGUCAGACAAUAGACAAGUAAAACUGCAAAGUUUGGUUGCGAUAUGUUGUAAAAUGGGGAAAAUAUAGCCUUGCAAGACUUGCAAAGUUUGCAAAUUUUAUACAUUUGGGCCGAAAAUGGUAGCAAUUUCCGCACGCAAUACAAAAGUACACAAAAUUUGCUAACUUUGCAAGGCCAUAUUUUCUGCAUUUUACAACAUUUCGCAACCAAACUUUGCAAUUUUAUUAAUUUUAGUAUGCUCUUUCUGGGAAUGUACUUUUUUCCCAAGAUAAAAAAUUAGUCUAUAAUGGGAAUUGUCUAUUAUUUCAUGUGUUUCUUUCAGAUUUGCUGUUGAAUUCUUUAUUCAAGCCUGGGUAUACGCCACACUCGGAUCAUAAACAUAAAUAUGUUUUUCUCCUUGCCUAUGCUGCAAGUGUUCACGAAAUUUGGGGAGAGGUGAAUAUCGUUUCUAUUCGUAAAAAAACACAUUUCUAUGUAUAAACAAACAAAGAAUAUAUCUCAUCUCUAUGUUUCUAGAGUUCUAGGGAAUCUUUAAAUAAAGAUGAUUUGAAAUCGACAAGACAAGCGAUUGAACGAGUACAUACUGUAUGUUCACGAGAAAUAGGAGUGGCAUCACAGGCGUCGUCAGAGAUCAGUAUGCUCUAUCAAUGUGCCAGGUUGGUGAUGGUAUUGGUACACGCAUAAAAAUUUCACAGCUUGUCAAGAAGAUGUGUUCGUACUGCUUGUUCCCAGUUGUUGACAAGUCUGGAACAAGUUGUUAUUAUCUUGUAACAAGGUUGAUGAGGCCAACAGACUCGCAACAAGUUGUUGCAACAAGUCUGAUAUCGUCUGCACGUAACAAAUUGUUAACAAGUUGACGACAAUAAGCUCAUAGCAACUUGUUACGAACAGCCUGUAUUAGUCUUGUCGGAACAACUUGACAGUUACCCCGUCAUCAAACUUGUAACAAGCUGAUAACUUGUUCCAGACUUGUCACAACAACUGGGAACAAGCAGUGCGAACACAUCCUGAUAUCGACUUGACAACAACCUUGUUACAACUUGUUUGAAGAUCUGGAACAACCUGCGUGUGGUACAAAAGGAUGGUACAAAAGUUUACAGUAGUGGUACUGUAGUUUGUGUAUGCCAUUGCCGAGACUUACCUACAUGGUCUGUCAUAUUUCAGGUUUCCAGCGGUUGCCAUGGGAAUACUCAAGUGGGUGGACUACACAUUAUCUGAGCCAAGUUUUUUCAAACUGAUGACAGACUCGACACCACUGCAUCUUGCACUGUUAGAUGAGGUAUGGAAUAUUAUUUUAUUAUCUCGAGCGUUCCGCGCCUCGCGUGUUGCAAUCACAUAUGAAUGCUACUCAAUAUUUUCUUAGAUAAGCACGUGUCAUCCUUUACAACAUUCGCAAGUAUUGUCAUUAUUGAUCAGGAUAUUUGAAUCACCAACUCAUUUGGAUACACUGGUCGAGGUAUUAAUCUAAUAUUCUCCGUUGACCACUUUCAGCAAACAGGAAAAUAUGGUUUGUUCACCUCCAGGAAACAUGGCUAGGAAACAAUGUUUCCUGGUUUCCCAACCUUCAGGAAACAUGGCUGGGAAACAGUGUUUCCUGGUUUGCCCACCUUCGGGAAACAUGGCUAGGAAACAAUGUUUCCUGGUUUGUCCACCUUCAGGAAACAUGGCUAGGAAACAAUGUUUGGCUAGGAAACAAUGUUUCCUGGUUUGCCCACCUUCAGGAAACAUGGCUGGGAAACAGUGUUUCCUGGUUUGCCCACCUUCGGGAAACAUGGCUAGGAAACAAUGUUUCCUGGUUUGUCCACCUUCAGGAAACAUGGCUAGGAAACAAUGUUUGGCUAGGAAACAAUGUUUCCUGGUUUGCCCACCUUCAGGAAACAUGGCUGGGAAACAGUGUUUCCUGGUUUGCCCACCUUCGGGAAACAUGGCUAGGAAACAAUGUUUCCUGGUUUGUCCACCUUCAGGAAACAUGGCUAGGAAACAAUGUUUGGCUAGGAAACAAUGUUUCCUGGUUUGCCCACCUUCAGGAAACAUGGCUGGGAAACAGUGUUUCCUGGUUUGCCCACCUUCGGGAAACAUGGCUAGGAAACAAUGUUUCCUGGUUUGUCCACCUUCAGGAAACAUGGCUAGGAAACAAUGUUUGGCUAGGAAACAAUGUUUCCUGGUUUGCCCACCUUCAGGAAACAUGGCUGGGAAACAGUGUUUCCUGGUUUGCCCACCUUCGGGAAACAUGGCUAGGAAACAAUGUUUCCUGGUUUGUCCACCUUCAGGAAACAUGGCUAGGAAACAAUGUUUGGCUAGGAAACAAUGUUUCCUGGUUUGCCCACCUUCAGGAAACAUGGCUGGGAAACAGUGUUUCCUGGUUUGCCCACCUUCGGGAAACAUGGCUAGGAAACAAUGUUUCCUGGUUUGUCCACCUUCAGGAAACAUGGCUAAUCUAAUCCGACUGUUUUCUUUAGCUUGGCUUUAAGAAGACAAUUUUAGAUCGUAUGGUUCAUUUGGUCAGUCGAGGUUAUGUUGUGGCGGUUGUCAGUUACAUUAGAAAGUGUACUGACACUCAGAAAGUCGAUAAUUCAUUAAUACGGCAUUUUGUUACUGAGGUAAGCCAGAUCAUAGAAUCGCCAUAUUGUGUGUCGGCGAUUCAACGUCUUAUAUCUUUUUUUGUACUGUAGGUACUGGACAUUAUUGCACCGCCAUAUUCUGAUGAAUUUGUAGAUCUAUUUCAGCCUGUUGUUCAAAACGAAGAAAUCACAGGCUCUUUGAGAAAUGCGGAGAAAAAUGACGACGUCUCCAUAUUUAUAGGUAUAAGAACCUACGAUUUACAAAUGAUUUCAUGGUGGAAAAAUAGUCGCCUUGCGAACAACUUUUCUACUCAAACAAUGUUUGUUUUCUAUAUUUUAGCUCACUGCAGCGAACAUCACAGUUAGCUGUCUUGGUAUCCUGAACAUCGAGAACAGUUGUGACUCCCAUUAUUGAGUGACAGAUUAUAAUAGAACAUGUUUCUUAAAGAAUGUAAACUUUACACAUGUCAACUUUACACUUGUCUGAUUCAAAACACUUGCCUAUGUUUACUCCAAGUGUCCUGGAUUGAAAAUAUUUCUAUCUAUAUAAAAGUUGAAACUAAAACAGUGGCUGACACUGGCGGGAGGGGACUCCCAAUAAUUACCGAAAACAUUUUAAUGAUAGCUGGAUAUAGCUGUUCAAAACUGUGAUAAUUAUUUUUAAUUUUGACCACGAAAGCAUGUAGGCUAUUGUUUAAGCUAUAUAUUGCGUGAAAUUUAAGGCAAAAAAAGUGUAAAGAACUACGAUUUCUAGCAAGAGAAAGGUAGUAACGUUUUGGCAAACCUAAAUUGCACCCUAAAACACAGUUAAUUAAUAAAAAUAUGAAAACUUAUGAAAAAUAUGAAAAAUGGAAAUGUUUAGUUUAAAAUGUCAACUUCACUUGCAGUAGUUCUACCCUCUAGUUGCAACAAAAACACUUUUCUAUCUUUGGGAUAUC